CUAAAAUUGCAACAAAUUUUUCAUCUAACAACAGAAAAAGACAAAAUUGAUAUGAGAGUUGUGAGAAGAAUUACCAACUCUAGUGAUGCCAGUGAAUUCCUUAGAAAAUUAGAGGACCAAGAUAGGCACGGAGAAAAAUAUGUUAUAUUAGACUGCGAAGCUGAAAUAGCUAAAGCUAUAGUUAUUCAACAAAUUAAAGAUACAUAUAUUAAUAGAAGAAAUUAUCACUUUCUUGUCACGAGUCUUAUAAUUGAAGAUGACUGGAAUUCAGCUUUACUCUCACAUGGAGCUGUCAAUAUCACUGGAUUCCAAAUGCUCCAAGAGACAAGGCCUGAAGUGAGAGAAUUCUUAGCAGCUUGGAAGUCACUAGAUCCUUAUAGAUGGCCUGGAGGAGGAACUCAACACAUUACGACUGCCAUUGCACAAAUGUAUGAUGCAACUCGAGUAAUGCUGGAAGCAUUUAACCGCCUUCUCAAGAAAAAACCUGACAUCUUUCGAAACAACUUUCGAAGAGGAGAGGUUUAUAAUAAUGGCACCAAAGGCAUCAACUGUCAUCAAACGCCAAUAAUGGCUUGGGAGCAUGGGGAACGGAUAAAUAGGUUUUUAAAAAAGACAGAUUUAAGUGGUUUAACAGGAAAUAUUACAUUUGACGAUAAUGGAUGGCGCAAAAAUUACACAGUAAAUGUCGUGGAAAUGUCAAUGAAUAGUGAAAUGGUCAAAAUUGCGUAUUGGUCGGAUAACGAAGGAUUACAACAAGUUCCUCCUAACUACAAGAGAAUUCCUCAAAAUACUGGUUUCGAAAACAAAACGUAUAUUGUUACAAGUAUUUUGGAAGAGCCAUAUUUGAUGUACAAAGUGGCGGAAUCAGGUGUAAUUUUAGAAGGCAAUGACAUGUUUGAAGGUUAUUGUAAAGAUUUAGCAGAUUUAAUAGCUGAUAACUUAAAGAUCAGUUUUAUAAUAAAAUUAGUAAAUGAUUCUGCUUACGGUGGAAAAGACCCUACUUCUAAUGUUGGCUGGAAUGGAAUGGUUGGCGAGCUCAUAAGGAAGGAUGCAGACAUGGCAAUAGCUCCUCUGACAAUUACAUCAGCCAGAGAGAAUGUAAUCGAUUUUACAAAACCUUUCAUGUCCAUGGGAAUCAGUAUAAUGAUCAAGAAACCUUUGAACAGGGAGCCAGGUGUAUUUUCUUUCAUGAAUCCACUAUCCGAAGAAAUCUGGAUGUGUAUCAUCUUCGCUUAUGUAGGAGUAUCUGUUGUACUAUUUCUUGUUAGCCGAUUUUCACCCCAUGAAUGGCGUUAUGAAGAUAACUACUUGGGUCCAUCAGCUUCUAAUGAUUUUUCUUUGCAUAACAGUCUUUGGUUUUCUCUAGGCGCCUUCAUGCAACAGGGUUGUGACAUUUGCCCCAGGUCUAUUGCGGGCAGGAUCGUAGGAAGUGUUUGGUGGUUUUUUACUCUUAUAAUUAUUUCAUCCUAUACAGCCAACUUGGCGGCUUUUUUAACUGUAGAACGUAUGGUUACUCCAAUUAAUUCAGCUGAUGAUUUAGCAAAACAAACAGAAGUUGAAUAUGGAACCCUAAUGCACUCGUCGACACAGGAAUUUUUCAGGCUACAAAGUGGGAAAAUUCCUGUGUAUGCCCGCAUGUGGGAAUUCAUGAACUCCAGAAAACAUGUAUUUGUGCGCACCUAUGAAGAAGGCAUCCAAAGAGUUCGAGAAUCAAAAGGAAAAUAUGCUUUUCUAAUGGAAUCAACCAAGAAUGAAUACAUUAACGAACGAAAACCAUGUGAUACCAUGAAAGUGGGAAGGAAUUUAGAUGCUAAAGGUUAUGGUGUUGCAACACCCGUAGGAUCAAACCUAAGGGACCGUUUAAAUCUUGCUGUUUUGACAAUGCUGGAAAAUGGUGACUUGGCUCGCCUGGAAAAUAAAUGGUGGUACGAUAGAAGUGAAUGUAAAAAUGGAGAAUCUAAAGAAUCUUCUCAAAACGAAUUAACUCUAAGCAAUGUUGCUGGUUGUUUUUACAUAUUAAUUGGAGGAUGUGCUCUAGCUCUAAUGGUUUCUUUCCUUGAAUUUUGUUACAAGUCAAAAGUAGAAGCUAACAGAACUAAGGUUUCAUUUUGUGAGGUAAUGCUUAGCAAACUACAUACAUCCGUUACUGGAGAAUCUGAUCUUAACCACGCCAGGUUUUACCAAGCUGCAACACAAUUGAUAACAGCUGAAGGUUUAUCAGAUCAACCCAGCUCAAAUACCCAUACUCAAGUGUGAAGAAAGCUUAAAAUGCGCUAAAAAUGUUAUCACUGCAAAAUGAAUCCUAAAUGAAUAAUUUCAGUAACCUAGGAUUUAUAUCAAGAGAAAAGUGUCAAAUGAAAGUGACAAAAAAGAAGUGUUAUUUUUUUAAAGAUUUCUUCAAUAUAUGGGUUAUUAGAAGAAUCAAAUUGAUAUUAUUAUUAAAAUUUUGCAAAUUUAACUUUUCAGCUGAAAAUUCUUACUAAAUUAAUACAGCUGAUAUACGUAUGAAAAUAUCAUGCAUAAAAUACUAUUGAAUUAAGGAAAAGAUGCUAUAUCAGCGUUAGUUAUUUAUUUUUCGUUCAAAUAAAAGCACUUCUUUUAUUCUACCAAACACAUAAAAGUAACACGAAGCAACAUUUUGUCUUAUUUCACUGUAUUUGAAAAACAUAAUUUAUCAAUUUUCGUAAAACUUCACCUUCCAAACAAAUCUCAUUUUUUUUGCUAAAAUGUAUAAAGUAAUGUUAUUUUUAAUGUACCUGUUGAAUUAAAAUAUAAAG